GGAGUUGUCUCGUCUUCCUCGUUGGGAGAGGUUGGGUACCGCAGCUCAUACCACUCCCGCGCUCUCCUCUUUAUUUUUUACCUUUGGUCUCAUUUAUCUCGAAAUGCAUUACACAAUAGAAAGUAUACGCAAUCUCCUGGCUAUCAAAAACAUCAAAAUCGACAAUAUUUUCUUCUUCUUCCACUACAAAGUAACAAUGGUGCUGUUAGUGAUAUUCAGUUUGUUGUUGUCUAAAAAGCAUUAUUUUGGUGAUCCAAUUGACUGUCUCGUUGAGUCACUAAACAGUCACACCAUUGACAUGUACUGCUGGAUCCACUCCACGUACACCUUCCCAGCGCUUAACGGAGCCCGGGUUGGGGAGGAAGUGGCGCAUCCGGGUGUGGCAAACUAUGAAGGUAUGCGGCGCCCCGGUGCUGAUCCUGAGCUCUACAGCGUGAGGCACCACAAGUAUUAUCAAUGGGUCGUCCUCUUUUUGUCACUUCAGGCGUUUAUGUUCUACGUGCCGCGAUACAUGUGGAAGACUUGGGAGGGCGGUCGCGUGGGCAGACUGGUUGGCGAACUAAACCUACCCGUGGGUGACAGCGACUCGAGGCAUCAGACACUCACCCUUGCCGUGGAUUACUUCACCCGAUACUUCCACUACCACAACAUUUAUGCCUUCCAGUUCUUCUUCUGCGAGCUUCUGAAUUUCAUCAAUAUAAUAGGUCAAUUUUUUUUGACGGACAGAUUUUUAGACUACAGCUUCAUGAACUAUGGCCCGAGGGUGACAUCAUAUGGAUGGUCGAAUGCCUUGUAUGGCGAUGAUCCAAAGGACGAGAUUUUUCCUAAGGUCGCCAAAUGCGUAUUCCACAAAUUUGGUCCAACGGGCACCGUCAUGCGCCAUGACGCACUCUGUGUUCUGUCGCUGAAUAUUCUCAAUGAAAAAGUCUUCGCAUUCCUCUGGUACUGGUUCAUUGCACUGGCAGUCUUCACCGCAAUUGGUCUCCUGUACCGGCUGGCGACGCUCCAGCUGUCCUUCCGCACUUACCUCCUAAGAAGACAUGCUCGUCUGGUGCCCGGAGAAAAGAUCGAACAAAUUUCACGCAGAUGUUACAUUGGAGACUGGUUCAUCUUGUGUUUGCUUGCCCAGAAUAUGGACGCCUUCGCCUAUCGAGACUUCAUGAUGCAAUUAAGUGAACGAGUGGUAGAAAAAGAGCACGUAUCGUAAUCCAGCCGUCCCAGCACUUAUCCCACACCACCCAGAGGCGAAAAACCCAGUAUGGCUCUGCUAAGUAUCCCCUUAACCCGGUAGCUGCGGAGAACAUGUAUCUUAAAGGCCCCUCUAAGCGAAUUAAUGAGAAAAAAUCAUCACUCGCGCAAACCAUUUCAUAAUAUAUAGUUCCAAUGCAUUUGUGAUCAGUUUGUGCAUCAUCUAUUUGGGGGAUUUAUAUCAUGGUAAAAAUUUGGCCCAUCGCUGGUACAUGGUAAAGCCACAAAUUUGGCCUGUCGCUGCUACCGGGUUAAGCGUCGCUGGAAAUAUAUUGAUACUUGUAAAAAUAUUAUCGGCCAGCCAGACUAACUAUUUUUACUCCCAUCAGAAUGUGUUGAACGUCUUCUAAUCAAUAAUUUUAAAACUUUUUCGAAAUGUAAAAUAAAAUUGAGGUUACACAAAAAACACAGACCCGAGAUUAGCCACACCCUUCCUCAAGGAUACUGGUAUUGGCGAAUUAGUUUAUUUUCCUCUCCUUCUUUUUUCCUCUUUUUCAUCGUCUUCUUCUUGUUCUUCUUCCUCUUCUUCUUCUUCUUCUCUUUCCUCUUCUUCUUCUUUCUUUUUUUUCUCCUUCUUCUUCUUCUUCAUCUUCUUUUUCUUCUUUAUUUCUUCUUCAUUUUUUUAUUUUCCUUUUUUCUACUUUUUCUUUCUCUUUUUCUUUUCCUUCUUCUUCUUCUUCCUUUUCUUCUUCUUCUUUUUCUUGUUCUUGUUCUUUUCUCUCUAUUUCUUCUUCUUCUUCUACUUCUUCUUCGUCCUUUUUUUCUCCUUCUUCUUUUUCUUCAUCUUCUUUUCUUUCUAUUUCUUCUUCUUCUUCUUCUUCUUCUUCUUGUCCACCCUCCAACUGUGUCGCCAAUAAUUCUAGAGCAGUGUUCUUCAACCUUUCAUAAGUUCCUGCACCGUUCCGGAAGCCUUGAGGAAUCCAUGUAUCAAAGCUCCUUGGGCAAUUAAUUACCACAAAAUGACAUAAAUACUUCAGGUUUUCUUUAGUAUUAAGACUGAAAACAUGUAAACAAAAUUAUAAGGUCUCCAAGUUACAUAUAUCGUCACCUUCGUAAGCAAACCGUCUAAGUCAUUAUUUUCUACUUUAAAGGAAAUCAGAAAAGAACUGUCAUUAUCUCAUUUGGCUUAAGAUUUAGGCAGAAAUGAGAAGGCCAAUUCUAGAACACUCAAACCCUGAAUGACGAAGGCAACUAUACAAAAACGGGCGUCACGUGUUAAAAAAUUGAUGUAGGCAAAAACCUGGAAAUCGUUGAAAAAUGACUUAGGGGAUUAUUUUAUGAAGGUGACGAUAUGGAACAUAGAUACUUUGUCCAAAAUAUUUGUGCUAUAGGUGCUAAAUGUCCAAUACAACAAUAUAAUAAUGUGAAUACCUUUUGUAUUUCUUUUUAUAAAUGUACAUAUGUGUUUUUUCAAAUGGUUGUAAAAGAUGCAAGGGGCUUCGUGGUGCAGUGGUUAGCACACUCGGCUCACAACCGAGAGAGCCCGGGUUCGAUUCCCGGGCGGAGUGGAAAAAUUUGGGCGGCUCUUCCGAUACCCUACGCCCCUGUCCACCCAGCAGUGAAUGGGUACCAGGUAUUAAUCGGGGGUUGUGUCCCGUCUCCUGGGGUCUGUUCCCUUCUCCUACAAUUCCUUCCCCUUCCGUCUCUCUGGCAUAUGACCACAGAUGUUGCGCCGAUUAAACGAAACUUUCCUUUUUUGUAAAAGAUUCAUAUGGAAUAUAAUAACAUUGUAUACACAGUGUUCGAAAAUAGCAAAUUAAAAAGAUUCAUGUAUAUACAUUUCCCACACUUUGGGGAGAAUGGCUCUUAUACUUAAAGUUAAUACUGUGUGUAAUAUACUAAUAUACUGUGAUACUCAAAUUUGUAAUACUUUAAUCGCAAUUUCAAUUAGUUUCUGAUAUUACAUUUUAUUUUUCAUGAAACAUCUUUUCGUAGUGGGCACUCAUAUUAUACACAGGUCAUAUAAUGUAUCCCCCCCCCCCCCCAUGUACCUCCUUAUUUAGACCUGCCCGCUGAAAAAAAAUCAUGCACCCAGGUUGACAGUCACUGUUCUCGAGCAGGGGCUCCCAACCUUUUUGUUCCUCUGUAUCCCUUGGUCAUUUUUUUUAGGUUCCCGUGUACUCCUAAAAAUUUAGGAUAAAAAAACGAUGAAAUUGUAAUAUUUUUAUAUUAUUUUAUAAUGAAAUCUGUAUGAGUAGACUGAUGAUAUAAUUUAAAUAAUAGUUUUGCUUACUAAGAUGAGGAAAUUGAAAAAAAAAAGGACAGUGUGCAAUUUGAAUGUAGAUUACAACACCAUGUAUUGUACAAUAGUGGUUAUUCUCUCGGACCCAAUGUACCCCCUGAAAAGUGCAAAUGUACCACUUGGGGUACAUGUACUCCAGGUUGGAAACCCCUGCUCUAGAGCACUGGCUCUCAACUGGUGGUCCAUGGACAACUGGUGGUCCAUGGUGACUUUUUGGUCUACAGGAUGUCCACUGUAUUUGGUAAUAAACUGGAAAAAAAAAUUAAAUUUUAUUGAAAGUUGAGUACAAACGAUGUAAUCAAGAUAAGUAAUUGACCAUUCAUUUUAUUGCAUUAUUAAUAUUUAAGAAGUAUAUUGGCAAUCUUUAAUAAGUUGUAGCUGGUAAGUAGCACUUCGAGUCACCUUCAGUUUCUAAACAGAAUCUAUUAUAAAACGAAUAUCCAUGAUUUACUGCACGAGUCGAGGCAAUAAGCCAUCUCGUUGAUUCUUUUCAUCUGCCGCGCGGCUACAUAUUACCCUGCCGUCAAGUGCUGUAGCUGGUGGCCGCCGAAUUGCCGAGCUGAUUAGUUGAUCAUCCGUCCUGUGUCCUAUCGCUGAAAAGCUUGUCGGUGAGAAGAGAAUCCAAAAGUCUAGUUGCAAGGAAAAUAUAAUUAAUCAAACUUGCAAGGAUAGUGCAGGUUAGUUGUAUACUCCUGCAUGAUUUUAAAAAUUCUGUUUGAUAUAAAUAAAUUUCACAGGAAAAUUGUGUACUCCUAUGCAAAUGUUUCCAGGAAAUUAUGUUUGUAAGAAAUAUUUUUCAGAUUAAAAUGAUAGUUGGCUGUUAUUUUAUAUCAUUUCUCGAAAUUGUUUUCAAGAGAUAUAUUUCAAAUUAAAUAAUGUUCCAUGA